CGCGUAACAGUAAACAGUGAACAGUGAGCAGUGCACAGUGCACAGUGAACACCCCCACGAGCGGACACGUAGAGGCCAGAACAGAAAAACAAAAGCCGAGUCCAAGUUCCACUGGAACGAAGCGCACGAGCGAACGAGAGGCAAAAGAGUUUUGUUUGUUAACACCAACACAAAUAUUAUAUUGUGCUAGCCCGAAGAGAACAGCUGAGCAGAAGUCUUCGGCACUUGCUGAUAUUUACCCACCCAGUGUGUGUUUGAACGUUCUUUUUGUUCCUGUGUAUCUUUGAAUUCUCUGUGCUGCCCUCCUCCACAAGGAAAAGUGUUAGAAUUAGCAGAUCAUCGAGUUAUCCGUCAGAUAUUAAUAACGGCCUGCAAACCGGCAAGCGAACCAGCCAUAAAUCCACCUGAUCAAAUCGCAGCACAAUGGAGAAAUCCAGCUUAACGGAGAAGAAUCGCACCCAUGUGUACAACGACACAACGAAGCCAAAGAAGCCCAAGCGUCGCGACAAGAGCGAUCUGGGUCCGGAUUUUGUGGCGCCCGACGGAGGAUGGGGCUGGGUGGUCUGCCUGGCAGCCGGCCUAAAUAACUUCUUCCUUUUUCCGGCUCUGCAGCAAUAUGGCCUAAUCUACAGGGUGCGGAUGCAUUCCCUGGGAUUCGAUGCCAAGCAAACAACGACCAUUGUGAACGUGGUGAUGGCUAUCUCCUCCCUAGUGGGCAUUGUCAACGGGGCCAUGUUCCGGCGGUUCACAUUCCGUCAGGUGGCCUUGACAGGCACCAUCUUGGCCUUCUUGGGCAUCUUCAUGUCGGCCUUUUGCACCACCUUCUGGCAGUAUAUCUUCUGCCUCUCCGCGGUUUAUGGCAUCGGUUUGGGCCUGGCCAUGGCAGCCACCUCACUGGCAGUCAACACGUACUUCAAGCAGAAGAGACGCCGCGCCACGGGUUUCUCGUGGACAAUCACGGGUCUGGGUCCAAUACUCUUCCCCCAGGUGUCCACCUUUCUGCUGGACUUCUACGGAGCUCAGGGUAGCAUUCUGAUCUACGCCGGCAUAGGCAUGAACGCUGUCCUCUGCGCCCUUACACUGCAGCCAGUACUAUGGCAUGUGAAGAGGCCGGAAAAACCAGUGGUCGCCGCAAUCGAAGGAGUUUCCGAGACGGAGAAACUACAGCCAGAGUUGCUGGAGGCCAAUGGCAAUCUUUUGACGCACAGCAAUGACCCAUGGAAGGACUACGAGUGCAAGUACUGUCAGUAUCAGAAGCGUGCCAAGCGAGGCAUUUUCUCGUCACAGUACCUCUUCAACGUUGAUGAUCCCGAGAGACCUGGCUAUGAGAUCACCGAACCGGGAACUCCGAUGCUGGCUCGUGCCAACGACGGUUGGUUUGGCUCGAAGAUUUCUCUGACCUCCGAGAAUACGGGAGGAGCUCGCUAUCGCACUCGCCAGGCCCUGAUGCGUCAGGUUUCCUCCAGGAGUCGUGAAAAUCUCGAUAGAAUGGAGCAGAAUAGAGAUGAUCAGGGUGCGGAAAAUUUGCCAGCUGCUCCCUUGUACAAACCGAACUACUUUAAUCGCGAACGCGAAGACAUGGAUCGUUAUGCCAGCAAGACGAGUGUAUAUUCGCGUCCUGGUCAGGAGGAACUAUUGCGAUGCACCUGCGCAGAGGACAAGGUUCUGCUGCAGAAGACCGCCGAGUCGCUACAGGUAGACCUGUUAAAUAAUCUGGCUGACGAUAUUGCCGAGGAGGAGGCCAAGAAACGCAUGACCUUCUUCCAGAAGGUAAGCAAGUUCUUUGAUCUGGACCUCUUGCGCGAUUUUACAUUCGUCAACUUGGCCGUUGGCAUGAGCAUCAUGAUGUUUGGCGAAAUGAACUUCUCGGUGCUAACUCCAUUCAUUCUGAACAGCUUCGGGUACACGGAUCAACAGAUCUCAUUGGUCAUGUCUCUGCUGGCCUGCAUGGAUAUCUCUGUUAGGUUCCUCGCUCCGCUCGCUUUGGAGAAAGUGAAGCUGGACAACCGGGUGCUGUUCGCCUUCGGCAUCCUCUGCAUCGCCGUGGGCCGCGUGGUGGUGGCCUUUACUAGCUCCUACGAGGUCAUAAUUGGCGUCUUUCUGCUGAUUGGAUUUGGCAAGGGUUUCCGUACCAUCUUUUCACCGCUCAUCAUCCCCAGCUAUGUGCCGCUGAAUCGUUUGCCAGCUGCAUCCGGCCUGCAGCUUAUCUUCAACACGAUGUUUUCCUUCGCAAUGGGCCCCAUUCUGGGCAUUCUGACAGAGGCAUUUGGCUAUGCUGCCACCAUCCAUACCAUUAAUGUACUCACCUGUUUGGCUUUGCUCCUUUGGCUAACCGAGUCCUUAGUGCGACGCAUUUUGGGAAAACCCUCCAAAGGUUUGGGUCAAUAGAAGAAGCAGCACUCUUUCUAAUCCGAAUUAGACAUGUGGCGAGAUUUAUAUACCCUCGUUGGAACUGAACUACUUGCAUAUGUAUAGCCAACUCCCAGUGUGCGAGACCAUGGCUCAAUUUGAGCCGUAGACAAGUAAACCUAGUCCAUACUUCCCGACUUUGACUUGUGUGUGUGCAUAGUAUUACUUGAGCAAGCGGCGCCGGCGUUGCCCGUACUUAAAGAUACCUAAGAAACAUAUCUCUUAACUAGCUCAUAAGACCCCUCGCUAUUACCUUAAUUUAAGAGCCAUUUUUUUUCUUAGCUUUUGAUACUCUUUCUAGACUUAUUAAAUAUACUUAGUGAUAUCUUAGAAGUGUAAUAUUGUUCCGCAGUUGAUAAAUAUAUGUAUGUAUAUUAGUUAAAAAAUAAAAGAUGUUCGUGUUUGCGGAAAGAGUUUAUACACUAAUUGUAAGAAGAUUAAGUUCAAAUACAUUGCGGUUGAAUGAAAUGGCUUAAAGUUCUUUAAAA